UCCAGGCUGCAACCCAACUCUGAGCCAUGUCGUCACGCGUGCUGCUUCGGCAGCAGCUGAUGCGGGAACAAGCCCAGGAGCAAGAGAGACGGGAGGCCCAGGAGCAGGCCUCUGUGGCUCAGCUCAGGGCAACUGACUCCACCCCUGCUAUCGCUGUCACUCUGCCCCCAAUAGCUGCUCGCCCUCUUUCCGCACAGGUGCCCGUGGAGGUUUUGAAGGUGCAGACCCACCUGGAGAACCCCACCAAGUUUCACAUCCAGCAGUCUCAGAGGCAGCAGGUGAAGCAGUAUCUCUCUGCCACCCUCUGCAAUAAGGGGGCAACUCAGACCCUGGGUGUGUCUCCCCCGGCCCUGUCUAGCUCUGUCCCUGAGAUGGAUCCCAUAGCCCGCAGUGCUCCCAACAGCUCCAUGGCUUUACACAACCUGGGAUCCAACAAAGAGGAGAUAGAUGGUGUAAUUGAUGACAUCAUCAGCCUUGAAUCAAGUUUCAGUGACGAUUUCAUGACAUUAAUUGAAUUGGGGCUACAGCUGCCUAGUACGCUCCCCGGGAACCUCCUGGAAGUUAACCAUAGUCCUGGAAUGGCAGCACCUACCCUCACUGUCAGCAACUCCUGCCCUCCGGAUCUAACCAAUAUUAAAAGGGAAUACUCUGAUGCAGAUAACAAAGCGCUGGUGAAAGAGUGACAGAAGAAAGACAACCAUAACCUCAUUGAGAGGAAGCGGAGGUUUAACAUCAAUGACCGCAUAACAGAGCUAGGGUCCAUAAUACCCAAUUCAAGGGACUUGGAGUUGCGCUGGAAUAAGGGCACCAUUCUGAAGGCCUCAGUGGACUACAUCAGGAAGCUGCAGAAGGAGCAGCAGAGAGCCAAGGAGGUAGAGAUGCGUCAGAAGAAGCUGGAACAUGCUAACCACUGCUUGAUGCUGCGCAUCCAGGAGUUGGAAGUGCAGGCUCAGCUUCAUGGACUCUCCAGCCCGAUGUCCUAUGGUCUGAGUUCAGACCCCUCCUUCCUCCAGCAGCAGCACCUUCAGCAGGGAGGUCAUAUACUUGGGCCCAGAACUGGAGUGGCCUGCUCCCAAACCUUUCUCAGCUUGGGUGAUGCAGCCAUGGCACAGGCCAUCCCUACCUCCUUCCUCUCUCCACCCUCCUCUGACUCCCCUGUGGGUGUGACCAUAGGCAGCCCCCUCGACCUGGGCAGUCUGAGCUUCGCCGAGCUGGAUGACCCCUCCAAUGCUGGGCUGUUCCCAGGCGUGGGGUUGGGGGACAUCCUCAUGGAUGAGGGGUGCACACUGUCCCCUGAGAGGGUGGACCCACUGUUUUUCGUGACACCAGGUGCCUCGAAGACCAGCAGUCGUAGGAGCAGCUUAAGCAUGGAGGAGGACUUGUAA